AUGUCCUCACUAUGGGCCUCCUCCAGGCUCUGCCCUUCUCCCACGCCAUACCGGCACCUCAAAUUGGAGACUAUGGCGAGAACUCCGGCUCAGUCGGUGGCGUGGACCCCCCGAUCCCAAACCGUCACUGCCGCUUCCGGCUCCCUGUACGGCAACGAGGACCUCCUCGGCGGCAACGCUCCCCUCCCGGAUGUCAACUCCGAGUCAGCUGUCGUUGAGAACCCAGAGUACGUGAACGGCCAGUCUGCAGACAGGAAGCUGGGCCUAUACCUCGACUUCAACAGUGUCGAGGCCCCCCAGCCCGAGAGGGGAGGCUAUGGCGCCACCGACCCCGGCCCGCGGACCUACUACUACGAGAAGAUCAACCCCGAUGUCUACGCCAUCCCCGGCACCGACAGCGGCGACAAUCAAGACGUCCUGCCCUCUGCCACCGCCAUGGCCGGCGUGGACAUGAGGCUGGGCCCCAACGCCUACCGUGAGCUCCACUGGCACACGGCCAAUGAGUGGUCGCUGAUGCUAAAGGGCUGCGUGCGUGUUUCCACGGUCAACGAGGAUGGAGCGACUGAUGUCGACGAUGUCUGUGCCGGUGAUGUCUGGUUCUUCCCUUCGGGCGUUCCUCACAGCAUCCAGGCCUUCGACGAGGGGUGCGAGUUCCUGCUCGUCUUCGACGACGGUGCCUUCUCUGAGGACGAGACCUUCCUCCUGUCCGAGAUGAUGGCACGUACUCCUGUGAGCGUUCUGUCCAAGAACUUCAAGGCGGAUGCCAGCGCGUUCAAGAACAUUCCACAGGAUGAGCUAUACAUCUUCAACGGCACGCCCCAGCCCAAGGAGAUUGACGACACCCAGAACCUGACCUCAUCCGCCGGCUCGCUCGACGGCACCUCCAACUCGUACACCUACCACUGGUCCGAGCAGAAGCCCUACGAGACCCCCGGCGGCUCCGUCAAGAUCCUCGACCCGACCACCUUCCCCAUCGCGUCCAACUUCGCCGCCGCCCUCGUGGUCGUGCAGCCGGGCGCCAUGCGCGAGAUCCACUGGCACACGACCUCGCCCGAGUGGAACUACUUCCUGCAGGGCUCCGCGCGCAUCACCGUCUUCAAGGCGCCCGAGGCGGCCCGCACCUUUGACUUCACGGCCGGCGGCGUGGGCUACAUCCCCCAGGCGGCCAGCCACUACGUCGAGAACACGGGCACCGAGGACGUCAUCUUCCUCGAGGUCCUCCAGGCGCCCAAGUUCUCCGACGUCAGCGCCGCGCAGUGGCUCGCCCUGACGCCCAAGCAGGUCGUCCAGGACCACCUCAAGCUGCCUGAGGGCAUGUGGGAGAGCCUCCCCAAGGAGAAGGAGUACAUCAAGCAGGGCCCUCUCAACAUGACUUCGCUGGCGACCGCAUCCCUCGACAGCGGUGACGCCCCCGCUGCGACCCCGAGCGCGAGCGCGGCCCCGUCUGCUGCUGCGAGGAGCGUCAAGGCUGGAGGUGUCGAGGAGACCAAGAGGGAGGUCACCUUCUUUGCUUAA